GAGUGUGUGUUCCCUCCCUAUUUUUUUUUCCUUUCGCUUUCUCUUUCUUCUUCCCUCCUAUUUCCCUUAAAAACCACACACCACCAACUCAAAUUUCACCUCUAAAUUCCAAAAUCUACACAACCCCAUCACAUCCCCUCAGAUCCAUCAAACAAAGAGCAGUGAAAAAUUGAUCUUAAGUUGCUUGUGAUUAAGAGAAGAUGACUUGUGAUAAGAGAGGGCAGUUCGGUGAUACCACUUUCACCAAAGUGUUUGUUGGUGGUUUAGCUUGGGAAACCCAGAAAGAUACAAUGAAGAAGUAUUUUGAACAAUUUGGUGAUAUCUUGGAAGCUGUCGUCAUUACUGAUAAAGCUACUGGCAGAUCUAAAGGCUAUGGAUUUGUGACGUUUCGUGAACCAGAAGCAGCCAUGAGAGCUUGUGUUGAUGCUGCUCCUGUGAUUGAUGGGAGAAGGGCUAAUUGCAAUCUUGGGUUUUUGGGUGCUCAAAGAUCUAAACCCUCUACUCCAAAGCAUGGAGGAAGGAAUUUGAGGGGAAUGAGGUGUUUUCCCACAGCAAUAGCUUUUUCUUCAGCAGCAACCUUCCCGCAUUAUUAUGGCAUCCCACAAGGACUUCCUUUUAAUCUUUAUGGGUACUCUCCAUGCUCACCUGAUUACUCUAAUUAUGCCACGAACUACUAUAGUCUGUAUGGAGGGGCCACUGGCCAGUAUCCAGUGUAUGGUGGUGGCUUGAUGACUGGUGCAGGAACAGCAUUCUAUCCCUAUCUUCAAUUCGGAGAAGGAAUGGCCGGCCCCGUCUACUCUUCCGGCCAAGGAUACGGUGUCCAGUUUCCACACCACCUGUUUCCUUACUCAACUGGGAGCUAUCCACAGCACUAUGGUGCACCUAUGGCUCUUGCACCUACUCCACCCUUGCAAUAAGGUGUGACAUUGGCUCUUCAUGCUAGGAGACUUCAUUCCAAGCUUAUGAUAUCACAUUUCUUCAGCUGCUCUAAAGUCUUCAACCUUGGGCCUAACCAUGGUUCUUUUUUCUCCCUCUAUCUCUAUCUAACUUGAAGCCCCCCGUAGGGGUUAUAAAUCACCUCCAAAAAAUGGAGAAUCAUGCAUGUUUUUUUUCCAUUGCAUCUUGUCAACAAGGGUUCCUUAUAAGAGAACCAAAGCAUUUUUUUAUCUAAAUGCUCAACUUUAGCUAUUGGAUCAGCUAAGUUGGGGUAACUAUCUUUUUUGUACUGUCAGCCCUUGAAAAGGCCAAGUAAAAACAGACUUUUUUUUCUUACUUUUAGCCUAGGCAAGGCUAAUAAAUAGAAAAAUGGUUUGCAAAAUUUGUAAAUUUAGCAACACUAAAAAGCAAGCCACUCAUCUUUUUCAAAUGGCUAAUCACCUAUUUGUCAAUGAGGCAGUUUUAUUUUAAAAACUGGGGGCAUUCAAUGCCCCCUAGUUUCUUUUUUUGUGCAUUGACAUCUGGUUUUUAGGGUUUAAAAACUAGGAUCAUGUAGUCAUAUAUAUAUAUUAAAAUGCUUUUUUUACCAACAUCACUUCAUAUCUUAAAUGUAAUAAUAUGUGAAAAAAAUCAAAACACCAUCUUCCCUUAGGGAAAGGGAAGAUAAUGGUUUUUAAGUACAAACUUACCCUAGCUUUGUUUUCUUUUGUAAAUUCAUUAAUGGUGGCUAAAACUUUGGGAGUAUUUAGCCCCUUUCUGAUUGAACUAUGGUAAAUAGUUUCUUCUUUUGUGAUUUUAAUAUGCAUUUAGCUUUUUUCUAACAUUUCAUCAUGAAAAAGGAGCUCCAUUAAUGGAUAUGGAGCUCGCAAGCAUUUUGCAUGCAAACCCUAGGAGAUAUUUGGGUUCCUUAGGGUUCUUCUCUUCUAAUGUACCAACCAUGGUUAGGACCUUCUCUCUCUACCCUCUCUUGAACUUGGAACUUGUUAUUUUAUAUAUAUGGUUUGGAUUAUAAGUAGGGACUUAUAUAUAUAUAUUCAUUCUCCAUCCAAGGGUUGAUGACUGAGAAUGGAUGAUGCAAUACUAUAUAUUUGCAUUAAUUUCAGACUCUUUCUAUGUCACUGCUGCUAAUGUUGUACUUUGAUCACCAAACUAUAAUGUGCUAAAUUUUAUUUAUUAUUAUUA